AGAAGGAAGAGCGAAACAUCCGACCGGAAGAAACGCAACCAACAACGGUAGUAAAGAAUAAGCGCAUCCGUCCGACCAAGGGAUGUGCGAAGCUAGCAGCAAAAACUGUUCAUUUUGAAGACGACAGCUCUGCAGCGGUAAGAUGCUUAUGAUUAGAGGGGGACCACACAUUUUUUUUAAUUUCCCGAAAAACAUAUGGUAACGACGGAUAAUUCCUUUGUAAACAUUGACUUUUUUCUUCUCUCCUCCAGCACACGUUGACUCAAACACAAAAGUCAAUCCUACGAGUGUGUAGCAGGAGCUUUCCGCUACACGCUAGAAGGGCUGAAUUUGUGUUUGAGUUAAUGUGUGCUGAAGGAGAAAAGAAAACAUUCAAUAUUUAUGGCUUAUCUGCCGUUUAUGAUUGUCGGGAUUUGUAGAUCGAUUCUACCAAGGAUUACAUGCAGGGAGGAUGGGGGGGAGGGGGGUGUUGGUGUUCGAAAACUAGUACACAUGGCCCUUUAUUUUUCAGAUUAUUACUUUUAACCUCACUUUUUAUUGUUGUUUUUCAGUUGGAAUCAUCCGUGCUGGGAUCCCUCGACCAGCAAAAUGUGAAAACGGCAAAACGAGUUUUGGACAUCCAAAUGGACCUUUUCAAAGACUUGGAUGAGCUUGAUAUCGAUUGCGACCAGCCAGAAUCAUUAUGUGUCACAGCGACUGCUAAGGCACCAAAUGUCAAGAAGGAAGCUGCAAAGCCGACGUAUUCAGGAACAGCACGGUUCACGCAGAAAAAGUCGAUGAUUCCAGUACCAACAAUGGCACAAGCUGCAGGAACCGCACGUGCAGAACGUACAUCACCAGUCGUCGGCCAAUCAGAACCAUUACGUGUCUCUUCAACUGCCCAUGCAUCGAUUGCCAGGAAGGAGAUCCAGGAGGAUCUAGGAACCAGAAGUUACAAGCGGAAAACGUUGGCAAUUCCCGUUCCUACAUGGACACAAGUGGCUGGAGUCAUACGCACUGCCGAAGUAUCGAACACCAGGAAGAAAACAGCCAUUCCCGUUCAGUUGGAAUCAUCCGUGCUGGGAUCCCUCGGUCUGCAAAAUGUGAAAACGGCAAAACGAGUUUUGGACCUCCAAAUGGACCUAUACAAAGACUGGGAUGAGCUUGACAUCGAUUGCGACCAGCCAGAACGUGCAGCACCAGUCGUCAACCAGUCAGAACCAUUGCGUGUCUCUUCAACUGCCCAUGCAUCGAUUGCCAGGAAGGAUACCCAGAAGGAUCUAGGAAUUCCCGUUCCAACAUCAACACAAGCUGCUAAAGUCAUACGCACUGCCGAAGUAUCAAACAUCAGGAAGAAAACUGCCAUUCCCGUUCCAACUCUGUUCGGAUCUGCUGGAGGCGUACGCCCUGAACAGGAACUAGACGAGAUCCCUAUGCCGGUGUCAACUGAUGAAGAACUAGAUGCUGAAUCUGAAACUGAUGAAUGUUACUGUGGACAGCAACCAAAAAUCGACAGGCUUGUGAAGGAAAACCAAACACUCAAGCGUCGGAUGAUGAAACUCAAACAAGAGCGUAAUGAAGCGAACAACCGUACAAUCAGGCUGACAGACACGCUGAACUCGAAAGUGCUUGGAGAUGAUCCGCACAAAAAUCAGUUCACCGAGCUUGAAGGAUAUCCGUCCCGCGAUCAGUUGGUAGCAUUUUCAGACCUAUCCAUCAAAUCGGAUUAUCCCUUCAUGAAGCUCUUGAUGCAAGAACUGUGGCCAGAAGGAUUUGUAAACCGCUCGAUUACAGGACGAUCGUCUCACAAUCCUUUUGGUCGUCCACCGAAAACUGGAAAAAAAACACGUUUGGAUCUCCCAACUCAGCGGACAAUACCACUUGAAUCGGAUAAAGUGAAGUACUGUGAAGGUAAACUUUAUUUAUUUAUUUAUUUUUUAUUUUUUAUUACUGUUUUGUUUCUUUUCGUAGAUCGGUUGAUGGAGCAUCGGUUGUAUCGAGGUGACUGUCCGACAGUCGCUAAGGCCGUGGCAUUAGGAGCGAAGAAGCUAAUGAGAUCAGUGCUUUCGUAUUACGGUACAAAACGCACCACGGAGGAAGAAGACCAAUGAAUUCGGCUGAACUGCUAUUCUGCAAAUCACAAAUGCUCAGGUUGAAAUAUGAACUACCUUUUUUUAUUUUAGUGUAUUGACACGAUAUUUUUCGAAUUUCUUCGAAUUUUCAAUAUGAAUAAAUAAGCGGUAAAUAAAACAUAAACGAAAGUUAAAUAUUUUUUAUCUGUAUUAAUUGAAAGAAUAUUGAACCUAGAA